AUGGCUGAAAGGCCAGGGAGCAGCGGGACAGCACCGCUGCCUGUCUGGUCCUUGCCCAGUCCCCGCGGCCGCUCCCAAAGCGACAUCUCCUCCUUCUCCUCCUCCCGGAGGACCUGCCUGCUGCGGUCCAACGUGGGCGGCUCAGUUGAUGGUUUGGACAAGGCUUCAAUUGCUAACUCAGAUGGACCAGCCCCAGGAUCCCAAACUCCCCCCUUCAAGAGGAAGGGCAAACUCUCCAACAUUGGCAAAAUCUUUAAACCUUGGAAAUGGCGGAAGAAGAAGACCAGUGACAAAUUCAGAGAAACAUCAGCAGUGUUGGAAAGGAAGAUUUCGACAAGACAAAGCAGAGAGGAGCUGAUAAGAAGGGGAGUGCUGAAGGAAAUGCCCGAGCAAGAUGGUGAUGUAACAGUAAAUUUUGAAACUUCAAAUGGACACACUGUAGCCAUUGGUGAAGAAACUAUACAGGAAGAAAAUGUGGUAAAAGCCAGUGGAAAUAAUGGCACUUCAUCAGAGAAAGCAUCAGCAUCAGAAGGAAAAAAAGAAGAUCAGAAAGAGAGCACUGGUCACUGCCCAGAAAUACCGACAUCCCAUGCUGCACCACUACCUAAGCCUAAGCCUAAACCUAAAAAAGCUCCACUACCACCAAAAAAUGCCAUUGCCGCUUCCACCGCCACCAGCCAUAAGGGUAAUGAAGCACCUCAUGCUAAAAAAAAGGGAAAGGCUCCUGCUAAGCAGCCUCCUCUCCCGCCGCCCAAGCCAACAGGCGCCAGUGCAAAUCGAGAAGCUGCUGGUUCCUCUCAUGCAAAAAAACUACCAGUCUCCAAGUCUUCUUCAUCACCAUCUCCUUCGUCCACAUCAUCUCAUCCCAAAGCCUCUAAGGAGACUUCCAGCAAAUCUGGCACAUCAGGGACUCCCAGGGGCAAGAAGAAACCUGGGAAACAGUCAGCCCCACGAACAGCACCAGAUGGGGCUGCUUCUUCCCCCUCAGGUGCAACAGCUGACAGUUUGGAAGCGAAGGCAGAAAAACCCAAGCCUGAGCAAACUUCCACAGUAAUUUUUGACAUGGAGAACGCAGACCAGUCGAGCAAGCUUGUUGUGCCCCCUCCUCCCACCGCUGCCCCUCCUCCACCUCCGCUUCCACCUCCUUUUCCUGCUGCAGCUAGUCAGCCUGCUGGCUCCUCAGAUGCCCAGGAUGUGUCAGACAGCUGUGUGGCAGGGCCACGCAGCCCUGGGUCAGACACAAAGCCUCUUCUCCUGACUGAGCGUGGCACAGACCAGAGUCUGAGCAGUGCAGCCCUAGGCAGCGCUCCAGAUGCCGGAGGAGAAGACAUGGAAAGCUUAGCUCCCAAAGAAGACCAGGAAGGGGAGGCUCCAGAUCAAGCCUUCUCUGAGCUACUGGAGGAGGCUUCUGACGCUGCUGCCCCUCCUGAGAGUGAAAGUAGCAGAGAGAGCCAUGGCAGUGACUCGGACUCGGACGGGCCGAUCCUGUACACAGAUGAUGACGAUGAUGAUGACGACGAGAAUGCAAGUACUGAAAGCUCUUUGGCAAGUAAAAUUCGUCGUAGGGAUACUCUUGCUAUCAAACUUGGCAACAGACCAUCUAAGAAAGAGUUAGAAGACAAAAACAUCUUGCAGUGUACAUCCGAAGAGGAGAGGCAGGAAAUCAGACAUCAGAUUGGAACAAAGCUUGUGAGGAGACUUAGCCAGAGGCCCACAACUGAAGAGUUGGAGCAAAGAAAUAUCCUGAAGCGUUUCAUCGUCCAUAACUGUUUGACCACAUCCCAUGUUUCAAGUAACAAUUUUCUUUGGGGAAAUCAUUGCGUCCUGAAGACCUGAAAUUGCACUGGAACUUGAUUGAGUAUGUGUGCCUGCUACAGCUUACCCUGAGGCUAAUGAAGAAAGUGGCCCUUGUUUUUGUCAAUGGACAAAUAAUUAGUCUAGGAGGAGAACCCACAGGAAGUGUUUGUCCAUGUCCAGACAAACCAUGAGUCUGUGGCCAGCCCACACGGACAAACCAGUGGACUUCUUUGUCAGAGCUGCACGAAUCAGGAAGUGCUGAAGACAAUCGCUGGAGAGCCUGCUGCCAGGAUCUCAUCGGGCUUCAUGGGGUUGGGACUGAGGGCAACAAAGAGGGUGUGGGGGGGUGACAAAAGAACUGAGAGCUGGGGGAAAAGAGGCUUUGUUUGUCAGUCCACAGAGAUAAGUGGAGUGGAUGGGACUGCUCAACAAUGCACUUGGCCAGUAGGAAUAAUUAUUUUUAAAAAGAAACAGAGUGUAAGCAACUGUGCAUGUAGGUUUUUUUUAGUGGCUGAAGCCUGUCUUAAAAAGAUAGCAAGCCAUAAGUCCUCGUGUUAUCAGUACUUUAGGAAGAACUAUCAUUUUCUUUGGUGCCAGUAAAUACAGUUGCCAGAAAUUAGUCGUAGUAUAACUCAACUGUCUUUUUUUAAAUCCCAGUGCGCAUGCUUCGGGAAAACACAUGGAACAUUCAUACAGAACAAGUAAUAUAUUUUUUGAUUUUUAAUGUUGACAUACUCUGGAUCUUCAAAGAUACAUAAACAGGAUUUGAAGGACAAAUAAUGUGACACUAUGAAUGCAAUGAUUUGCUUUGUGUUUAGAAACACUCCUUGCUGUCUGUCACUUGCCAUUCAAACCAGAGGGAUCAUUAUCUUUGUCAUCCAUGGCAGGCAGUGGUGACAACUUUGACAUCAUGCUAGUGUGCAUCCAAAGUCAGAAUUGAAAUUAGGCACAGAAGUCUUUAUUAAUAGGCCUGAGCAGUGAUUCCUAAUGUAACUUUUUACAUUUAAGGACUCUUGCACUGCUUUGAGAAAGAACUCCCAGAUGAAUUAGUAUGUCUUCAGCUAGUAGUCCUUUAAAAGUGAAAGAAAAAUCCUUGGAUUAUCUCCAGCCUGUUUUUGUUGAGUGUGAAGAAUGCUUCUUAGAUUCCUAAUUUUUUAUACUAUCUUGAAAUUGUACAUGUGAAUAGAGUGCUAUUAAAAUUAAGUGGUAUGGAGUGUGAAAGGCAAUAUAUGUUUUUUCUAAGUUGGCCCAAAGGCCUAUUAAAAAGCCUGUGGCAUUGUUUACACUAAGAAAUUCUUUGUCCUAUAUUAGCACUUAUUUAUCCUUUGAAUUAGUGUACACAGCAUUCGGGGGGGGUGGGUCUGGAAUUCAGAUAUGCAUACAUUUAAUGCAGUAUUACAAUAUAUUUGCUAUUUAUCCUUUCUAAUGUGUGUACAUAUUACAAUUUAUUUUUGUCUUUUAUGUGUCCUGAUCAGUUUUUAAUUAUGAAGUGUAAGUAUUUCUUUUUCUGGCAAUAAAAGGUCUGUGUAGAUGUGAUUUUUA